AAACCCUAGAACUUAUCUAAAUAAUAUUCCCUUCUCCUUUCUCAUUCUCGGUCUCCCUUUGCUUCGGCGGCGACGUCGCACCCUGACCUGCUUACUCCGCCACCUCCCUAACGCCCCCUGAACUCCACACAAUCGCCGCCUCAUUCUGCUCGACUCCUGCGCUCUUCUCUCCAACAAUUAAAACGCAUUUUCAACUAAGGAAAUAUGGCAAUGAAGAAGAAUCCUAUUGUCUUUCUUGAGAUUUCGGUGGAUGGAAAGCCUCCUGACAGAAUGGAUAUAGAGCUUUUUGCUGAUGUAGUUCCAAAAACUGCUGAGAAUUUUCGAGCACUUUGUACUGGUGAAAAAGGCAUUGGAGCUUCUACAAAAGUACCAUUGUGUUACAAGGGUUCAACCUUCCAUCGAAUUGUGAAAGGAUUUGUUGCUCAAGGUGGUGAUUUAUCAAGACAAGAUGGCAUUGGUGGUGAGAGCAUAUAUGGAAGAAAAUUUCCAGAUGAAAAUUUUAAGCUCAAGCAUUCUGGACCUGGCUUUCUAUCCAUGGCAAGCUCUGCACCCAACUCAAAUGGGUCUCAAUUUUUUAUUACCUUCAGGGCUGCUCCGGAGCUUGAUGGCAAAAAUGUUGUGUUUGGGAAGGUACUAAGUGGUUCAACCUUGUUGAAGAAGAUAGAACGUGCAGGUUCUGAGAAAGGAAAAACCCUUUACAUGGCAAAAAUUGUUGAUUGUGGUGAAGCUUCUGUUGGUAAGACUCAAGUUGCACCAAGAAAAGAGAAGGAGAAGCUUAGAAAGGUCAAAUCAGAUAGCGUAUCUAGUGAUAGUUCUGAUGGAGAACAAAGGUCAAAUCAGAAAAGGAGCAUUAAAGAUGAAACAAAGAAGAGAAAGAGAAAAUACUCAUCAUCAGAUUCUUAUAGCUCUGAUGAUUCUGAUUCUGAUUCCUACACAUCUGAUGGUGCCUCCAGUUCAGAUUCUGAUUCAGACCCUCACUCAUCUGAUAGUGCCUCUCAUUCAGAUUCUGAUUCAUCAUAUACAAGUUCAUCAAGUGGUUCUAGGCACAAGAGGAGAAAGAGAACAAUAAGAAAAAACAAAGAUAAACAUGGUAAAAGAAAGAAAGAUCGUAAUGGAGAUAGGUGGCAAAAAAAACAUAAAAAUAAAUGUACUUACAAACCAAAACGGAGCUCAAGAAGCACCAGUGAUUCAGAGACUGAAAGUACAAGGAAUAGUAGCUCUGAUGGAGAAAAACCUCGUCGUCAUGAUAAUAUUCAGAAAGCCAAGCAAUCAGCACAAACUACUGAUAUCUCUGCUAAAAACAAUGGAAGGAAACAAUCUCUUCCGGAAGCACCCGUCAAAGCAGUAGCUACUGGAAACCCAACCAAAAGUGGAAGGAUAGAUCUUGAUGUUAAUGCCUCACAUGAAGCAGGACAUGCUUUUAAAGAAAAGGGGGAUUAUCCUGAAGCAUUGAAUCACUCAAUUAUCAAAUUAAAUGAAAGGACCAAUCAACCUCCCAAUUCAAUUGAGAGGUCAAGACAAUCCAGGAGCCCAAUUAGACCUAAAGAAUAUUCAAUCGGAAGUCCUAGGGUUCCCCUAAUUGUGGAGCGUACAUCCAGCCCGACCAGAGCUCAACAUUCUGGUGGUGCUGACCAAAGUUUGGACAAAAGGAUAAGUAGAAGAAGCAAAAGUUGUUCAAGGAGUCCAAGGCAGGAAUUGGGUUCAAUUAGAAAGCCAUCACCGACAGGUCCUCCAAAACGCAUUCGGAAGGGACGUGGUUUUAGUGAACAGUAUGCAUAUGUAAGGAAGUACAGGACACCAUCACCAGAGCGUUCUCUUGUUCGCGCCCACUACUACAGAGGCAGAUAUGAGCAAGAAAGAGAAAGAAAUAGGUACCCAAGGCAUCCAUUCUACGCUGAUCGUUCUCCAGUAAGACGGUACCGAGGCUCUCCAAGAGGCAAUAGUCCACCCAGAUAUCGCACGAGAAGGGAUCGGAGCAAGAGCUUAUCACGUAGUCCUGUUCGUGGCUGGCAGAGGGAUCGGAGCCAGAGCCGAAACCCCAGACGAAGCCAAAGCCCUUUGGAUAGGCAGAAGCCUGCGCUAAGCAGUCAGCUCCAUUCUCGCCUUGGUUCACAGAGACACAAUCUUCGCUCUGCCAGAGGGCGAUCAGGAUCAAAGAGUCCUGGCCGUUCAAAGUUUAGAUCUGAUGCAGAACACAUGGACACUGCUGAUAAGGGAAGAUCUGGAAACAGCUCUCGGUCAAGCAGCCCUACCGCUGCCAAUGGACUGGUUGCAUACGGAGAUGGGAGCCCUGAUAAGUAGCUCCUGUGCAGAAUCGAUGUUGUCGUCAGGAUUGUUGACUUAUCUUUGCUUAGAAAGUUGCCCAGGACUUGCCAAGAUGGAUUCCUUAUUAUCGCAGAUUUGAAACUGCAUUUUCCACAUCUUUCGGGUGUUUAUAUUCUUGUAUUUGAAUCUUAGGACCUAUUUACCUGAGCCCUAGUUUCGGUUU